AUAGAGGAUAUAUUAUGGUAGCUCCCAGAGUAAACACUGUAGCAGUGCUUCUAAAUAUAGGAUUUAUUUUUAGGUUGGAGCUAGCCAUAGUUUGAAUCAAGAAUUUAAUCUAAAACUGCAUUUCUAAAAGGUUUUGUAAUAGUGACAAAAAUGGCGAAUGACUUAAUAAUGAAAGAUAAAGAUAGAUUACAAGAAAUUAGUACAAAAUUAGAACAAAGUCAUUUGGUUUAUUUACAAACAGAUGACAGUCCUUUAAAACUACAACAACGUCACAAACUUGAAGGUUUUAUCAAAGAAUACCUUUGCCUUGUUCCAAAUGAAAAUAAAUAUGUAUUUCAAGAAACUGCAGAUAUAUUGCAUAGAUCAGCAGCUACAUUGCAGGAUUUUAGUGGAUAUAGAGCUGCAACUGCAUGGAGUGCUAUUUCUUUAUAUGCAGCUAAUCUUUUGGCUCAACCUUGGAGAAAAGAAUAUAGAAUUUUAAGGACUUAUAGUGGAUAUUAUAAACACGAGGUAGAAGCAAAUUUAAUAGGAGCAGAGUUAAUGUUUGAACAGAUGGGAUACAAGCAUACAGGGUUAGGAGUACUCACAUUAGAAGGUCCUAUUGAUCCUGAUAAAGUAUCUAGUGUGAGCAGAGAUGCAAUUGUUGCUUUUGUUGAAUGUCAGAUUUUAAAGCAAAUAUGGGAGAAUGUUUCACAGAAUUGUACCAUCUCGUGGUUAGAAGUUUUAGAAUUUCGAGAAAAUCAUGUUGGUACACCGGAGCAGGCGAUUAGGGCGUUAAAUUAUCGUUUCCUCGAAAAGAUGCAUCAAAAUCGACCAAAGGCAGAAAAUUAUAGGGACUAUCAUUACCCACAAGCCACAUGCAUAGAUGCAGCGUCACCGUCGGUUCCCUAUCACAUAAUGCCUCCCAAUUAUAAUAUGCCAAUGCCUGCAUGUCAGUCAGAUUAUCGGUACAUAGAAGACACAAAUACGAUACCUGGAAAUUACAGAUACUUUCAGCCGAUGGAUCACGGUUUUGUCAAUCGAUGUAGUGCCUAUGGGUGUUUACCGCAGGGUAACAAAUAUUUAAGCGGAGUUAAUCCUUAUUAUACUACAAUGCCUGCAUACACAAGGGUGCCGACAUGUAGAUUAAUCGAGCUUGAUAUGCCUGUAUCGGUUGCUAAUUAUGAUAAGUUACAUAAUCGUAAAUCUUCUCACCGAAUAUCAGAUUUGGAUGAUGUAGUUUUUUACAAAAGACAGUCAAGUGACGGAGAUCAUUAUGACUAUGGAAGAAUAGACAAGAAGUUCACUAAAUCGGCCAGUGAGAAAAACAGUUACGAUUCCUGGGAUUUUGUAUAUAGAAAUUUGGAAAGUUUAGGAUAUUCCAAGGAUCUUGGUGAUCGAGAAGAUGUUUUACACAAACGAGAGUAUGAUUUACGAGUAAAUAAACAAAAACCACAUAAACAGAAUGACAGUGAUGAGAAAUAUAGUACGCAUCGGUUUGAAAAGAAUAAAAGCGGUAGAAUUGAUGUGAAUGAGGUAGAUUCACCUGUAACAAAUGGCCGGCAUCAUCACGAUACUUUACCUUUUAAAAAGAAGUCUUCUUCUUUUGACUUAAUGGACUCGAACAGAUAUCACGAUACGUUCUCCGAAAAUCAUUUAUCUUCUCAUAAUAAAGAGAAAAAACAUGGCAGUCAGACGCUUCCGCUUCAACGUUCGCAUAGGUCAUCGGAUCAAAUUGUAAAAAUUGCAGAUACGUUGAAAAAUAUGGAACUUCCUCGCCCGGAUAAAGAACGUGAAACGAAAGGUGCAUCUGUGGGAUGGAAUUGUGCUACUUGCACUUAUCUUAAUUCUCAGUCGAAAGAGAUUUGUGAAAUGUGUGGAAAAUCUAGGCACAAAGGAAACGAGGAUAAGCCAUUAGCGAGUGGUGGAAAGGAAUGUCCAAAAUGUACAUUGGUAAAUGAAAAGAAUGUCUCGAUCUGUGAUGCCUGUGGUACCAGCUUAAAAGAUUCACCUACCUACAUUUAGAUAAACUAAUUGAGAAAAAUUAUAUACAUCGUUUUUCAUUGUAUCCAAAUUGAAUAGAAAUGGUAAGCACGUUGCCUGGAUACUAUUCUAAUAUUAAUAUUUAAAGUAUUUGAAAAAAAAAAGUGUUAUUGUGUACCUACAUUAGCUUGCAACAGCCAAUAUAAAUGGUAACACAAUUUUUUUUUCAAUCACUUUAUUUAGAAAAAGGAUUUUUAAAGUAUUACUAUAUUAAUCGAAUUUAAAAUUUUUCAAAAUACACAUAUAAUGGAAAUGUACAAUUAUUUAUUUAAAACUGUUCAAGUAGAUUUGUGAUAUGGAUAUAUUAGUAUUAUAUGGUGGCCUAUUACUUGUUUGAACAAGAUAAUAAUAAACAUAUGCGGAUAACAGCUGUGUCUCGAUUCUAAUUAAAAUUGGAAAAAUGAUUGAGGUUGAAGGGAUAUUGAAACUGUUGCUGAAUUCUCAUUGUUGAUAAAUGUUUAACUGCAUAUUUAAUUUGAAAAUAUACAGUUAGAAAAUAUCUGCACAUGUUUAUCUAAAAGUUGAGCAACUAAAGAAUCAUCAUCGAUACUUGAUAGCCUAAAUAAUUUGUAAUACUAAAAAUAAUAUACAAAUUAUUUAUUAUACAGCAUAUAUACUGGUGUCCAUAAAAGGAAUAAAAAAAGAAAACAUAGAAAAAUAAUUGUAUGUUACAUAUACUGAAGUGUUGUUUAGACAAAAAAGAGAUAUAAAUUGGUAUUGUUAUAAUAUGCAUACACGUAUAAAUACAGAUAUAUGUUAAAUAUAUUAAAGUUAUUUUUUUUUUUUUAAAGUCAAAUUAUAAAUUAUUGUUUUUUGUUUAUUGAUUUUUAUUAACGUUGAUAUACAAAAAUUAAUUGUUUUAAUUGUCAAGAAAUUAUACGUUGUUGCAUUAUCUAAAUUGAAAAGGAAGAAAAAUAUUAACAACCCUUUUCAUGUUUUGAGUACUAGUCUAUGGAAUGUUGGCCAUGAAGUUAAUCAUUUUUAUAAAGAUGGCUCAAUUAAAAUUUGAUGAAUGUUAAAUGAGUGCAAAGAAAAACUAAUACAAUUCACUUGUAUUUAUUGUUUUAAUCAUUUUUUGUUGACCAGACAAUAUGACUGUAGAAUUGGUACUUGCAUACCUAUAGAAAACAAAUGUAAAUUACACAGUACUAGGUAGAUUGCACAGUAUUUUAAUCAAUAAAGAUCUGAUCCGAGUCUUUAUGUUCUGUUAAUAUGUCUUGAAUAUUCAGUUUAAAUAUUACAACAGAUGGUCAUUAAUCGUACAUUGAAGUCUAUAUAAAAUACAUAGUUUGGUAUUUAUUUAUACAUUCCUAAUACAUCAAUUCAUCAAUUAAUAUCCAUACAUAUACCAUUUUCAAAUCUGAUUUCAAUCUUAAACAAUUUAAACAUAUUAUGAUGUCUUCAUUACCGAUAUAUUUACGAUAAAUGAAUAUCCCUUUAUUGCAUGUAAUAGAUUAUAGCUUUAUUUAGCUUUGAAUUAAUUUAUAAGUGAAAGUUUGGUUUUGAUAUUUUUACUCCUUUAAAAUCGUUAAAAAAGGACAAAUAUAUACGUACUUGGAAUUUUGAGUAUACUGUAAAUAAUAUCAUAGGUGUUAUAGGAUUUUAAACAUUUAUUUGUAAUUUGCUCAUUACAAUUUUUAAUCGUAGACAUUUAUGAAAAACCGUAGGUUCGUGAAAGAAAUUCUUUAUUUUGACUUUUAAAACACUAAUGUUAAUCUCAAAAUUACUAAGAACAAUAAACUUUAUAACGAUAUAUUUGGAUUGAAAAUGUACUCUUUGUACUUGAAGUGUACAGACUGUUUUGAUGUAAAAAUGACUUUAUCAAAAUCUACUUUUACUAUUUAUAAAAGUCUGAUAUUUUAAAAUGAAAUAAAAGAAAACUGCUAAUAUUUUUUCAUUAAUCGCACGUAAAAUGGUAAAGAGAAUAGUGUGAAAUGAAUAGGCAUCUUCUAAGGCAAGAAUGGGUGUAUCUUGCUGUGUCCUGAUACUCAUCCUUGUUCUAAGGGCUACUGUAAUAUAGAGUAUAUUAUACUUAUAUUGUAAUAUAUCCUAUUAUGUACAAAUUAAUAAAUAAUAUUUAAUAUACGCUAUAAAAAAAUA